CCAGUUACUUCGCUCUUUCUUUUGGCGAGUGAGUUGCGAGCUGCAAGUUGUUGUGGAAUUCUUAAUACUAAAUUUGUAAUCCCGGUCACGUGCUAAAAAUAUAAAGAGUUUUUUCUGUACGGCUUACAACAUCCGUAGUUAUUGCCAUAUUUAGUUGGUUCUUAUUUACCCGCGCUUUGUGCGCUUAAAGUGCAUAAUCUUUGCCCCAGUUUUAAAUUCUUUUAAAAAUGUCCGAGGGCAAUCGUCAGAACUCGUCGUCGUCGUCAAGCUCUGGCAAAAGGAAGUCAAGUGGUUCGCCCGCGCGUGCUCCAACAUCUGUUGGUGCCGCUAAAAAGCCCAAAAGAAGAAGAGCGGACGGGACUCACUAUGUUGAGAAAAUUUUGAAGAAACGCUACGUAAAUGGACGAGCUCAGCUAUUAUUAAAAUGGCAGGGCUAUUCAAUGGAAGAGUGUACGUGGGAGCCCAUCGAGAACCUAACCGGCGAUUGUAUGCGAAUGUUAGCUGACUUUGAGGCCGAUUUAUUUGCUGAGCAAUGUAAACGGGCCAGGUGCAAAACAGACGCAUCCAUGGGAUUGCCCGCUCCGAAUGAUGCGAGUCCAAGCAGUAGCUCACUUUAUGUUGAAGAGAACAGUCCCUCCGCAGCAAGUCCUGCUGCCUCAAUAAAUGCGCGUCACCAGCUCAUCCAAAUGCCUUUGCCAAUGCUUGACUUGGCCGACGUAAAGCAAGAAGAAGAACGGGAUCAGCCGCAACUGGAGGAACAGACGCAAGAACAACAAUUGCAGGAGAAGGAGCAACAGCUGCAGGUACGAAUACUGCAGAAGGAAAUGCCGCAGAAGCAAAUAACGCCACAGAAGCAACAACUGCAGGAACAACAGAGCCAAGAACAAAAAGCGCCGGAACGACAACUGCUAUUGCCUACGCCCAAAGCAAGCCCAAAGCUCUGUGAGGAGCUUAAUCUAAGCAGCGACAGUAGCAGUGCCUCCGAUAGUGAUAGCAGUAGUAGUAGCAGUGGGAGCGGCAGCAGCAGUAACAGCAGCAACAAUAGCAAAAAUGGCAAAAGGGGCGAUCAGAGAAAACGGACGCCAGUGCUGCCCCCUGUUCCUAAAAGCAAUCCGUUCUUCAUAAAUCUUGAUUUUGCGCACAAGCUCAACCUGAGCAGUGAGGAUGAUUCUGAUGAUGAAGUGGAACUACCUGCUACGGAACAAGCGAGCGCCAUGGAGCGUCGGGAGGUUAACGCAAACAGUGGCUAUGUCAAAAGUUCGAUAGAAACUCUUAAGGAGCAGGCGCGCAGGUGGCAUGAAAGCAAAGGCAAAGAUUCUGAAAAAAGUGGAAGCCAGGUGGCAACAGUAAAGCCAGAGAAACCGCCAACAGCUAGGCCAGAAACACAACCAACGUCAACUGAGUCCAAAAUACCUAAACUACUGGCAAUUCCCAAAAAGAUGAAAGAUAAAACAAUAUCGCCAGAAACACCAAAAUCGCGACGCCGCCUGACCAUGCACAUGGAUUCCGUUGAAGAGGCCAUGGAGCAAAUACAUAGUGGAUCGUCGAUGAACCGGGGAUUGAGCCUGGACAGAGGCCGGAGUCGAAGCAAUAACCGACCGACCCGCAACGGCCGCUUUAAGAACAUUAAACUAUUGUCCCGCGUGGAGUAUUCUCCAAAGCAAUGCGCAAGCGCAGACAAAAGCCGGUUACGCGCUGAAAUUUGUCAACAAAACCCAUCGAAAGCAUCUCCUAUCAGCAAGGAAACAUUGGGGCCCGCUGCUGAGCCCUUGCAUAGCAUGCCCUCAAAGACACUCAGUCCGAAACCAAGCUGCCAACUGCCGAGCACGCCCAAAACGCCGGAGCCUAGCUCAGUCAGCAGUGUCGGAGGUAGCAGCGGCAGCAGCGCCGGCGCGCGUGGCGGUAGUGCCACCAGCAAUAUCAGUCAGGUGGGCAACUGGGAUGAUUCGCUGCAGUUGCCCGCACGUCCGCAAGGCAUCGAACGGGGCCUGGCGUUGGAGAAGAUACUCAAGUCCUUCAAAAUGAGGGGCGAGACAUAUCUAGUGGUCAAAUGGAAGGCUGUCUCAGUACUCGAUGCGGUGUUGCUAAGCGGUGUCAUUGAGCUGUACCCGCACAUUGUAAUCGAAUACUUUGAGAAACUUCAGCUACGGAGUCCGCUAGAUUGAUGAUAAUACAUGCUCCACUCCGAAGUUGUUUCACACAAUAAAUCAUUAAAACAAAAGCCAAACAACAAAUACAGACACAAUUAACUCAAUCCGCCUGAAGGUUCAGGGGCAACAUCGUUUUUCGUUUUUUUUUUUUUUGAAGUCUUCGUGGUUUUCUUUAGUUAGGAGCUUACCAAAUUCGAGUCUAAGAUUAACUAAUUAACUAUAUGCGCUAACUAUUUGAACUAGUUUUAGCUGUAAGGAUAUUGAAAUAUUACGUUAAGUAUAUACAUAAUCGAUAUACACACAAAUUAUAUUUGAUAUUGAAAGAAAAUAUAAAUAAAUAAUUUGUUAUUGCGCCAGCAACAAUUAAAAGUCCCUAAACACAGAUAA